AGAGCAACUAGGGCUAGAUAAAAUUUCUCAUCUGUUUAAAUGGAAGCUUUGCGUCGCUUCUUCACACUUUACCUCCAUUGUAGACCUCUCCCUUAAUCUCACUCAGGUUGUUAGAGCUUUAUUUCGGUACUUAAGAGCCACCAGCCAAGAUGCAGAACGAUGAGGGACAAAACAUGGAUCUUUACAUCCCCAGGAAAUGUUCUGCUACAAAUAGGCUGAUCACUUCAAAGGACCAUGCUUCUGUUCAACUCAAUGUUGGUCAUUUGGAUGAUAGGGGUAUCUACACUGGGAGUUUCACAACUUUUGCUCUCUGUGGUUUCAUCCGUGCUCAGGGUGAUGCUGACAGCGCAAUGGACCGUCUCUGGCAGAAGAAGAAAGUUGAAGCUAGACAAGAGUAGAAAAAAUAGAUUUGAAUUUUGAUAUUACUUUAUGAUGAAGGAUUCUGGAUAACAUUUAAAUUUCAGUUGUGUUAGACAAUGUUCUCCUAGCUAUAUGUUGGAUUCAUCUUUGGAUAUUUGACUUGCCCCUUUGCUUGUGAUUUUGAUUUCAUUUUCUGAUUAGUUUUUUGA